AUGUCGCAGCAACGCCCAGACAUUCCGGCAUCUGACUAUCUGCGCACAGUUCCCUCGUCGGUCGGGCCAAAUUCCUCGAGAUCAAGUGAUGUUGACAGCGCAGGUACUGCUGACACGUCUUCCGUCUCGCAGUUCUCCAAGACCACGAAGCGAAAGAUACUGGAACGAAAUGGUGGUGAGCAUUGUUGGCAUUGUGGUGGAGGAGCGGCAGAGAUUGCCCCUGUGAUAAGCAAAAAGGAUGGUUCAUUCGGCGACUACGUUGCUGCCGGUAUCCUGACCUUUGAUCACCUUGGAGAUGAGCAAAACGGCGUUCCCCUGUGUCCCUCCUGCCACCGAGCGUUCGACGACCUCAACAACCCGGGCCUGAUCUUCAUUCCCUCCGAGCUGGAGUAUUUUGUCAGCUUUGAGCUCAAGGACUAUCAGAAUCGGAUCGAGACUGCCGGACGGCACGGAGACAUCCCUCCACGAAUGGUGCCCACACCGGAGAUGUACUCGGAAUACCUCAAGAGGACCACACGCAUGUCGUCUGAAGCAACCGGUGGCUUAUACUGGCGUUAUACGCUACGAGACUUCUUUCCUGUCCACGCGAACAAGGAGUUCAUCCCGGGAUUGGGGCCCUUUAAAGAGCCGGGACUCUGGAAUGGCGCACCCACGGCCGCACUGAGACGUGCCUUUCAGAUCAUCGGUAAUCCGACCGUGCAGGGAAUCCCAGAACGUCAACUCGAUCAGUUGUUAACGCUGCGGAAGCUAUAUGCUCGAAAGAUUACACCCACACUUCUUCUUGGACAUGGUGAAGCCGCACCGAGUGCAUACCGAAUCGGGAUAACGCAGAACCAGAAUGCCGGCGACGAACCGAUCACGGCGGUUCUCCCCAUCGCAUCAGGGCGCACAGAACCAGGCACACUGUGGAAAUGCCGCCACGCUGGCACAAACACUCCAUUAUCCGAAGCUGCUGCCCGCAGUUCAGAAACAUCGACGGAUUCGAAGAGUCCUCAGCUCUUGAAGUAUGGACGCCGCGCUUCUACCGAGAGCAACAUUCAGCGAUACACGACCAUGGUGAUGUCCUAG